CAGGACGUCGCGCCGCCUGCCGCAGGCGCUCAUCAUAGGCGUGCGCAAGUGCGGGACGCGCGCGCUGCUCGAGAUGCUGGCGCUGCACCCGCGCGUGCAGAAGGCGGCCGGCGAGGUGCACUUCUUCGACCGCGACGACAACUACCGGCGCGGCCUGGACUGGUACCGCCGCAAGAUGCCGCACUCGUUCCGCGGCCAGAUCACCAUCGAGAAGAGCCCCAGCUACUUCGUCACGCCCGAGGUGCCGGAGCGCAUCCGGGCGAUGAACGCGAGCGUGAAGCUGCUGGUGAUCGUGCGCGAGCCGGUGACGCGCGCCAUCUCGGACUACACGCAGCUGCGCAGCCACGCGGCCGCCACGGCCGCCACGGCGGGACAGCCGCCGCCGCCCGCGCGCUCCUUCGAGCAGCUGGCGCUGCGGCCCGACGGCUCCGUCAACGUCGCCUACCGGCCGCUCGCCAUCUCGCUCUACCACACCUUCGUGCCGCGCUGGCUCGAGGUGUUCGACCGCGGCCAGAUCCUGGUGGUGAACGGCGACCAGCUGAUAGAGGACCCGGUGUCGCAGCUGCGGCGCAUCGAGCGCUUCCUGGGCCUGGAGCCGCGCAUCGGCCACCACAACUUCUACUUCAACCGCACCAAGGGCUUCUACUGCCUGCGCAACGAGACGGCCGACAAGUGCCUGCGCGACAGCAAGGGGCGCCGCCACCCGCGAGUGGACCCACGGGUCGUCGCCAAGCUGCGGCGCUUCUUCAGCGAGCACAACCAGCGCUUCUACGAGCUCGUGGGCGAGGACCUGGGCUGGCCCGAGCAGUGAGCGCCCGCCCGCCGCCAGCACCCGGCACUGCGCACGCGCCAGCGGCCCGCGGAGGCAGCUGCGGGGCUCGAGCUGAGACGGCCCUGCGCGGCGGCAGUCACCGAGCGAUCCGGAGACGGCCGCGAGAAAGGAACGAACGUCGCCCCGGGCCGUGGACGGAGUUGUCGCCAUCUGGCAGUCGCGCGUACAAUCUACCACUGUCGGACCUGCAGACUCUGGAAACACACAGCACAGUACUGACGGCCAGAUACUGAGCAACCGACAGCUGAGUGUUCAGGCGACAGCAGAGCGAGCUGAGUCUAUGCUACCAGUCGUACGGGAGACGUCGUUUUCGUUUUGUACAUUCCUCCACACUCUUUAACCUUCAGUUACCACAGACUGUACAACAAGAAAGAGCCGAACAAUUCGCCACCGAUGCUACGUGGCUGCGGAACAGAUGUCUGCGAGUCGUGGAACUGAGGCGGGACGAGGGGACCAGCCCGUUAUUCACCUAGGAGGAUGUGGAAAACCGCCGAAAAACCACAUCCAGGCUGGCCAGCAC